AUGGUUGACUGCGAAGAUUUUUGCAUAGCAGACAGUAACCUGGACUUUGCAGAAAGAUACCCUGAUGGUCUACCGAUUUCCGAACUAGCGCCUUUUUAUGAACUUAUUUCUAAGAAUCAGCCGCUUAAACUUGAAUGGGUUUUGCCAAGGAAGAAGCUGCCCAGAGCUUCAUUGAAAAAAAAUAAAGAUGAGUCCUCUGAUAAUAAGCAGAAAACUUAUCAGCAGACUUCGAAUUCAUCUAUCUUCGCCAGCACUACUAAAGCGAAUCCACUAGUCUCCGCAACGGAAUUUGACAAUUUUGACUUUGACUCAACAAGCACCGCCUCUUUGACGCUAAAGCCAGUAACUACUGUUGGCCGAAGUGGGCCCCCAACUCGUGAACGCCGUGUAGCCAACAUGGAUAAAAUACUCACUGAUCAUUUUCGGAAGCAAAAAGAGGAGCGCCAACUCAAGCAACAUCAUCAACAAUUAAAACAGCAAAUGCUUAUUCAACAUCAACAUCAGCCCAUUGCGCCAGCUCCCCCCAAGCCUCCCUCUUCUGUAUCCACAAAUGGUUACAACCUUGAAUCGGUGCCUCUUUUUGAUUCUGGCAUUCCUACUGGAAAUAGCUUCAGUAGAGAGGGUUGCGUGGGUGAAACCUGUGGUAUUGGCUCCUCCGCAACUGAUUCAGUAUCUCCCGAUAAUCAGGAGCAAUUUAAGUCUGUGCCCUCAUUUCAAAAUAUUGUUGAAAAAACGGAUUAUGAUGUCCUGAACGCCUCAAGCACUUCCAUCAAUAUCGAAUUACACGGAGCACUACUAGCUGAACAAGCCGGCGAUGAAUGUAUCCGUACUCCAAGUCAUCCUGAAAAUUUAUUUUUGCAGGCUGAACAAGAAACACAAGGUGAUGCGGAAAUGAUGCAUACUAAACAACUACCUCAAGGUACUUCACAGCUAACUAAUCCGAACUCCCUACAGACCACUAUUGACCAAACUGUUCCCGUAUCUGUUUCAUUUAUUGCAAAUUCCUCCCUUCCCUUUGGCACCAGAAUCCUUUCAUCCGAAUUUUCGCCCCAAAUUACAGUAGCCCAUUCACAACCGAUCACAAGUUUUGAUAAUACUCAAGAGAAAAUGAGCAUAAAUCUGCCUGAUUCGACAGGCGAAGCAGUAACUCUUAGUGAUUUUCUUAGUAUUGGAGUUAAUGAAAGUUCAGUUGCAUUACCCACUAUUUCCGUUGUGGAUCAACAGUGUCUGCAAAUGCAGCCUAGCGACAUUGUACAUACAAAGGUAACCAUGGAUGUUGACUCUUCGGAAAGUCUAAGUGCUACUUAG